AUGGCGAAGGAGGCUUCGGCGACAACACACGGUGCCUCCUCCUCCACGAUACUCCCUUCCUCCUGCACGUCUCUCUCUCUCUCUCUUUGUGGUGACUUGUUGAUGGAUUGGUGGCAACGGGACGCAGCUCGACGGCGUCUUUUUCCUUCCCGCAAGCUUUCUCCCUCAGCACGACGGUGUGGUGACUUGGCGGCAAGGCGCUGUGUUGUGUGUAAAGAAAAAGGAUGGCAGGUGGUGAAGCGGCGGUGCUUAUGUAAUAAGGGAGUGAAGGUGAGUGUUAGUGGACGGCAAGGGGGGAGGGGUCGCAACCAUAGAAGAAGUAGAAGUGGUGGUCAAGGAAGUGCCUGGCAUAGAAGGAGAGGUGGAGAGGAUGAGGGUAGCGAUGAUGACGACAGUGGUCAGGGAGGCGGUGGUUAUGGUGGUGGAAGGUACGACAGUGGUGACAGAGGUGGUUGUGGAGGUGUAUACGGGGGCCACAAUGGUGAAGGUGAUGGUGGUCAGGGUAGGAGUAGCGGAGGUGGUGGUGGUGGUCAUGCCGGAGGAGGUGACGGCCAGGCUGCAGGAGGUGAGGCAGGUGGCCAAAGCCAGGUAUACGGUUGCGGGGGUGUGUCUGGAGAAGCUAAGGUAGGUGGCGAUAUGGUCGGAUGA